AAGGCAAACCCACGGCCUUGCCUUACUGCGCCGGAGGAAAAUCUCAGCCAUGGCCAGUGACCUGGUGGAAAACGAGCUGGAAUUCUACUCCAAAGCUGAAAAAUAUUGGAAAGACGUCCCUCCCACUGUGGAUGGGAUGUUAGGAGGCUACGGGCAUAUUUCCAGUAUCGACAUCAGCAGCUCCAGAAAAUUUUUGCUCCGGUUUUUGAGGGAUGGACCCAACAGGACUGGGACGGCCUUGGCCUUAGACUGUGGGGCUGGCAUCGGGCGGAUCACAAAGCGGCUGUUGCUGCCCCUUUUCAAAGCUGUGGACAUGGUGGAUGUGACCGAAGAUUUUCUGAACAAGGCCAAGACGUACCUGGGGGCGGAAGGCCAACGGGUCAGAAAUUAUUUCUGCUGCGGGUUGCAAGACUUCAGCCCGGAGCCCAACACUUACGACGUCAUCUGGAUUCAGUGGGUAAUUGGACAUCUGACGGACGAGCACCUCUCUUGCUUCCUGCAGAGGUGUCAUCUAGGACUGCGCUCCAAUGGCAUCAUUGUCAUUAAGGACAACAUGGCCCAAGAAGGGGUCAUCAUGGACGAAGUGGACAGUAGCGUCUGCCGCGACCUGGACGUGGUCUGUAAGAUCAUCCGCCACGCCGGGCUCAGCCUUCUGGCCCAGGAGAAACAAGAGAAUUUUCCAGAUGAGAUCUAUCACGUCUACACAUUAGCCAUGAGGUGAAGGAUGUCCAGGGAGCAUUCUGAGUGGGCUCCCGGACAAACCACGGUUUCCAGAGGUCCAGGAUGAAGGGAUCAGCCGUGGUCUCAACAGGUGGGGAGCAGGGAGGGAAAGGUGCUUGUGGCCCUGCCAGUAGACUGGCCUGGGACAGGGGAAGUAAAGGUGAGCCUGA